AUGUUCGGACCACUCUACGAUUAUCCCUUACGGGCACUGGCAGACAUCUCUGCAACAGGAGGUAAUGCGAAGAAGAUGCCAUCAAAGACAGAACAACGAGUCGUGAUCAUCGGUGCGGGGAUAGUUGGUGCCAAUGUAGCAGAUGAGCUGGUCUCAGCAGGAUGGAAGAACAUCACAGUAGUGGAACAAGGGCCUCUGGGCAUGCCUGGCGGAUCUACAUCACAUGCUCCUGGACUUGUCUUCCAGACGAACUCUUCAAAAACUAUGACGAAACUUGCGAAGUAUACCAGAGAUAAACUGUCGUCCAUUGAGAAGGAUGGGCAAAGUUGCUUCAACCCGGUUGGCGGGUUAGAAGUGGCAACGAUUCCGGAGCGGAUGGAGGAGCUCAAGCGUAAGCAUGGGCUUGCUGCGUCUUGGGGAAUUGAAGCACGUCUCAUUGGCCCUGAGGAGUGUCUCGAAAGAUACCCACUGCUGGAUAAAGGGAAGGUCCUCGGCGGCUUGUACAUUCCCAGCGAUGGCCUCGCUCUGGCAGCACGAGCCGUGCAACUCUUGAUAGAACGCACACGGGCAGCAGGAGUCCGAUACCUCGAACUUACUCCAGUGACAGGUAUCGAGCGCAAGAACAACCGUGUCACAGGCGUACAAACCACGAAUGGAACUGUUCCUGCCGAUAUCAUCGUCUCCUGCGCAGGGUUCUGGGGAGUGGAAAUCGGUGCCAUGGUCGGACUUCCAGUUCCGUUGCUGCCACUCGCACACCAAUAUGCCAAGACAACACCGCUGCCUUCGCUGAAGAAGCGUAAUAACCCACCUAACUGGGCGACACUUCCAAUUCUUCGUCAUCAAGACCACGAUCUCUACUACCGUGAGCAUGGUGAUCAAUACGGUAUCGGCUACUACGGGCACAAGCCCAUGCCAGUGGUGGCAGCAUCCCUGGGCGUGACACCCAAGCAAGUCGAUGAGAAGAACAUGCCAUCUCGUCUCCAAUUCACACCAGAAGACUUUGCACCAGCUUGGAAAGAAUCGCAAGAACUGCUGCCAGCGAUGCGAGAAGGACAAAUCGCGGAUGGCUUCAACGGAAUCUUCUCAUUCACACCUGAUGGAGGUCCAAUUUUUGGCCAACAUCCCACGUUGGACGGCUUCUGGGUAGCAGAGGCAGUCUGGGUUACACAUUCCGCCGGUGUGGCUCGCGCUCUUGCACAAACACUGACCACCGGGAAAUCCGAAAUCGACAUGGCAGAAUGCGAGAUUUCCCGUUUCGAAGAUGUUCAAACGGCACCCGAUUACGUGCUUGAAACCUCCUCGCAGAACUUCGUCGAGGUCUACGAUAUCAUUCAUCCCUUCGACCCCAAGGAAUCGCCGCGAAACUUGCGAGUCACACCAUUCUUCCAGCGGCAGAAAGAGCUUGGGGCAUACUUUUUGGAGCAGAGAGGCUGGGAGAGACCGCAUUGGUAUGAAGCCAAUGCAGCGCUCGUAGACCAGUUGCCGUCAGAAUGGCGGCCAGUCGAUCGUGAUGCCUGGUCAAACAAGCAUUACUCGCCCAUCGCAGCUGCAGAGGCGUGGAAGACAAGAACUGCUGUCGCCAUGUUCGAUAUGACACCUCUGCAUCGUCUCGAAGUAUCUGGACCAGGAGCUGUCGAGUUGCUUCAACGACUCAGCACAGGCGAUAUGUCCAAGCCGCCAGGCUCGGUCACAUAUGCGAUGUUGCUGGACGAUCAAGGCACAAUUCGAAGCGAUAUUAUCGCAUCUCGUCUCGAGGAGAAUCUCUUCCAAGUCGGUGUGACGAGCCACACACAUUUUGACUACUUGAGCCGUGAGGCACGAAAGCAGAGCGAGCUUUCCCCCAACCUCAGCAGAUGGGUUCAAGUUCGCGAUGUGACGGGUGGAACAUGUUGCAUCGGUCUCUGGGGCCCACGCGCUCGCGAUUUGAUCACUACUGUGAGCAAGGACGAUUUCAGCGAAAGUGGGUUCAAAUACCACCAAGUGAGGAAAGUGCACAUCAACGGCAUUCCUGUCCGCGCCAUUCGUCUGACUCACGUCGGAGAGCUGGGCUGGGAGCUUGUUACGAGUGCAGAGAAUGGUCAGCGACUGUGGGACACUCUGUACAAAGCUGGACAACCGCACGGAGUCGUCGCUGCAGGCCGCAUUGCGCUCAAUGCUCUACGCAUGGAAGUUGGAUACCGCGACUGGGGCUCAGAUAUGACUACAGAGCACGACCCUUACGAGGCUGGUCUGGCUGCUACAAUCAACAUCAGGAAAACUGGCUACGUUGGUCAUGCUGCACUACAGCAAAAGUCAAGACCCUCGCGAAGACUCCGCUCCCUCGUGAUCAACGACGGGAAAUCUGUUGUCUUGGGCAAAGAGCCCGUCUUCAUCGGAGGACAAGCAAAGGGUUAUAUCAGCAGCGCAGCAUUUGGCUACAGUAUUGGCAAGCCUAUUGCGUACGCUUGGCUGCCGAGCACGGUGAGCGAGGGUGAUGUUGUUGAAAUUGAAUAUUUCAGCAAGAGGAUUCAAGCUACUGUUACGGCUGAUCCUUUGCUGAAGUUGGCGAAUAAGGCGAGGAGGACGAGUACGGGUAGUGGAAGGCAAGAUGUUUGGGGAGGACAACAAAUUUCUGCGAGGGCGAAGUUGUGAUGAAGGAUGAUGAGAUAUGAGGUUUGGGCGG